CCUGGACCAUAGCUGGCACCCAAGGAAAAUCCCAUAACAGACCGAGGAUCUCCUUUAGGUAGGCAGAGAGACCUGCCACUAUCAACUUAUCUUAGAGAAGGUGGGACUCUUUGGAUUUUGCUGAGCUGGCACUGUCUUUGAACUCACAAAUCCCUUUCUUCCAAGGUAGAUAUGAGCUGGAGAGUGGGGGGUGGGGAGCAGCAGGAUUAUGGUCACCCCAUCAGACCCUUUCCCUGUGCUGAAACCAUGUGGACCAAAACAGUAGUCAGCACCGAGCACCGUAAGGACUGCUAGAUUGUUCGCUAUGAACCACAUUCUGGGUACCAUCUCACCACUGCCUUACAGGGAGGAGGCAAGGACCUUUAAAGCCUUAGGGCUCUGUUGGGACCUGGGUGGAAGGAAGCACCUUCAAGCAGAGAGACAUCGGUGCACCUGUCGCCGCGCCCCUCCUCGACAGCUCAUGGACUUCCAGGCCAGCCACUGGGCCCGCGGGCCCCAGAGCCGCACGUGUGGGCCGCGCCCGGGAUCCCCUGAGCCGCCGCCCCGCCGGCCCUGGGCCUCCAGGGUGCUGCAGGAGGCGACCAACUGGCGGGCGGGGCCCCCGGCCGAGGCCCGAGCCCGGGAGCAAGAGAAAAGGAAAGCGGCAUCGCAGGAGCGGGAGGCCAAGGAGACUGAGCGAAAAAGGCGCAAGGCUGGUGGGGCCCGAAGGAGUCCCCCUGGUCGGCCCCGCCCGGAGCCUCGGAACGCCCCUCGGGUGGCCCAGCCUGCAGGGCUCCCAGCUCUCUCACGGCCGGAGCGCCUGGGGUCCGUGGGGCGACCGCCCCGUCCAUCCGCGCAGCCGCAGAGCAAUCCAGGGGCGGCGUGGGCGGGGCCCUGGGGAGGUCGGCGGCCAGGGCCCCCCAGCUACGAAGCUCACCUGCUGCUGAGAGGUGCUGCCGGAAUGGCCCCGCGACGCCGCUGGGACCGGCCGCCACCCUACGUGGCUCCACCCUCUUACGAAGGCCCCCACAGGACCCUGGGGACUAAGCGAGGACCCGAGCCCUCGCAGGCGCCCACCUCUUCAACCCCUGCUCCGACCAGGACAGAGGGAGGGUGCGCAAAGAAGAGGCUAGAUCCUCGGAUCUACCGGGACGUCCUAGGGGCCUGGGGUCUCCGUCAGGGCCGGGGUCUCCUGGGGGGAUCCCCAGGCUGUGGAACAGCCAGGCCAAGGCUGGAGUCCGGUAAGGGGGCCGCGGAGAGAAGCCUGAGGCUGGCUGCUGCUGCUGGCCUGAAGAGUGGUAGCGACGGCCAUCCCCAAGCCAAAGCUACUGGGAACCCAGGCACGGAGACAGUUCCUGCGGGGUCUGCACCUGCCACUCCCAGCCCCCCGCGCCCUGCUCCCAGGUCCAGGCCCCAUCCCAAGGGCUCCGGGGAAGGGAGAGAAGGGAGAGAACAGAGCUGGCUCCCCAAGUGCUGGAUGCCCUCCGUUAAAAAGCAGCCGCCCCGACAUAGCCAGACCCUCCCCAGACCCUGGGCUCCGGGAGGCACGGGAUGGAGGGAGUCCCUGGGUCAUAGAGAGGAGGCAGGACCCGAGACCUUGGAGGGUUGGAAGGCGACCCGCCGCCCCCACACCCUGCCCCGAAGUUCCCGUGGCCCGGCUCGUGGGGAAGGCGUCUUUGUCAUUGACGCCACUUGCGUGGUGAUACGGUCCCAGUAUGUUCCGACCCCUCGAACCCAGCAUGUGCAGCUUUUGCCCGCUGGGGUGCCGCGCCUUGUGGGGAAUGCCCCCACCCAACUGAAGCCCAACAAGGAGGAGGGAGAGGGGGCCGCGGUCCUUCCCUCCCCUUGCCGAAAGCUGCUGUUGAGCAGUCGCCCUUCACACCAGCCCGGUGGGGGACGUGGGCUCGAAGCUGAGGGCGGGAAGUCCGCGGACUCCUCACUGGAGGAGCGCGCCUCCCGCAUCUUGGGGCUCCCGGUCGGCGAAGUAAACCUGCAGGAUGCCCCCACGCAGCCAGGUAGCCCAGAGCGUUCAGCCUUAGGCCCAGCGGCUUCGGGAGGCGCGCGCGGUGCCGAGGGCUCGGAGGAAGUGGCGGCGGUCCCGCGGCGCGCAGGCCGGGGCUGGGCGCGGACCCCGGGGCCCUAUGCCGGGGCCCUGCGGGAAGCCGUGUCCCGCAUCCGCCGCCACACCGCCCCGGACUCCGACUCCGACGAAGCUGCGGAGCUCAGCGUCCAUAGCAGCUCUUCUGAUGGAAGCGACACAGAAGCCUCGGGCGCCUCCUGGCGGAACGAGCGGACCGGGCCCCCGGAAGGCGGGAAGGCAGCCGAGCUGAGCGACAAUAUCCGAGAGAUUCUAGAUGUCAUCAGCCGAACCGAGGAGAUCCUCUUCGGGGGCGAGGGACACUAAGGGGACCCCACAGGGAAAUAGGGAGCGACAGUGAGAGGCCCUUUAUUGUAUUUGUGUCCCCUUUCUUCCUCACAGACUUCCUUGUACCUCUUACCUAUACCCGUUCCCAUACUCAAAAUAGAAGGCGCACAGAUGAAAGGAAAGGGAGCAUAUGUCAAUUCAUGAUUUUUUUUUUCAGGAGAGAUGAGGGUGCGCAGUAGACUUUAACUUUUGCUCCAUUCAGGGCACUCGGGUAAGGUCUUCAGCAGGGGCCGACGCACUAGGCAUGGAGCUGAGCAGAGAGGCCUAGCCAGGAUAAGGCAGGAGAACAGGGAUGGGAUAGUCAUAGGGCAACUUCAGGGCGGGGCCUCUGGGCAGGAGGGGGAAAGUGAUGGAGAGGCUUCGGACUGAGGCGACCAGGUGACGGAGAGGCCUUUGGCAGAAGAGGAGGGGCUCUUGGCAGAAGCCACCAGCAAAGCAGAAAGAGGACUCACUUUGGUGUCACAGGUUUUGGCUUCCAAUCCCAACUCUGACACUGGUUUGCUGGGUGACCUUAGGCAAGUCGCCUCCCCUCUCCAGGCCCUGUAGUAUGUAAAACAGGGGAGUUCUAACGUCCAUCCCUGAUGUUUUGGAGUCCUUGGGGAGGCGUUUAUCUACUCCUCGCCUCCACAAGCCAAGACAGUUAGGAAUAAGUGAACAGAGUCUGAGGGUCCCUGGGUGGCUUCUUUGACACCUGCAUUCACUCUCAAUUCAAGAGACUGUGCAGUGUUUGCAGAAGAGCCGAGUAAGUGGGCAAGGGCUUCUAUUCCAGUCUCAGGUUUAGGCGUAGGACCCCCAAGGCAGUGCAGGGUGGUGGCCUUGUCACUGUCCCUGGCUUAUGGUGGUCUGAGCUGAGCGGCUUGGGACUUUUUUAGGCCUUCCCCUUUUCCUCCUCCCUGGUGUUCCUUAGCGAUGCUCUGAAUAGUUACCACGAUUUCCCACUCAGGUGGUAUCACCCAUCUGAAAGAACCCUGAGAAUGUCUUGCAUGUCUGCCUCUUCCAGAAACCAGCCAGGGAAGGAAGAGGGAGGCUGGUCCCCAAAAGCCUGUAGGUGUGGGGUGUGAUACUCGCUGUAGCCACUACGGGGCGCGCGCAGGUCGCGGAUUUCCCUGGUAGCUAGUCCGCGAGUCCCUCCAACCCCGGCACUGCCAGUUAAUCAAUUGCUCCCGAGUUACUGUGCGCGUGUCCCCCGCCUUGCUGUCUCCAGUCUUGCGAGAUCGGGAGCAGGCCUCUGGCCUUGCAGACCUCUGGAGCGCGCGGAGCCCCUCUUUGUACUAUCCACACCAAACGGCUUGGGACCCAGACAUUGAAGUAUUUUUUUUUUCUUCGAUCUCGGGCACCUCUUCUGUCUCUAUUUACUAGCCAUGUGAACUUGGUCAAAUCACUUCACCUCCCUGAGCCUCAGUUUCCUCAUCCGUCAAAUGGGGGUUUAUAAACACCUACCUCGCAGGGUUGUUGUGAGGACUUAAUGCGAUAAUGUAUGUAAAGCGCCUUGCACAG